AUGAGGGAGCCGGCGGGCGGCACGGUGGCCCCCGGGCUCCCCGCUUUCUGCAGCCGCCUGUACCGCUCGUACUCGGGCAUGUCGGGGUCCGAGCCGGCCGCGCCGCCGCAGGGCAACGGCACGGGCUGGCGGCCCGCCGAGCAGUGCGGCUCCGUGUCCGUAGCCUACCCGCUCGCCAUGAUGAUCACGGGCAUCGUGGGCAACGCGCUCGCCAUGCUGCUCGUGGCCCGCAGCUACCGUCGCAAGGACAGCAAGCGCAAGAAAUCCUUCCUGCUGUGCAUCGGCGGCCUGGCGCUCACCGACCUGGCGGGCCAGCUGCUCACCAGCCCGGUGGUCAUCGCCGUCUACCUGUCCCAGCGGCCCUGGCAGCGGCUCGACCCGUCGGGCCGCCUGUGCUCCUUCUUCGGCCUCAGCAUGACCACGUUCGGCCUCUGCCCCCUCUUCAUCGCCAGCGCCAUGGCCGUCGAGCGGGCACUGGCCAUCCGCGCGCCGCACUGGUACGCCAGCCACAUGAAGACGCGGGCCACCCGGGCCGUGCUGCUGGCCGUCUGGCUGGCGGGGCUCGCCUUCGCCCUGCUGCCCGUGGCCGGCGUGGGCCACUACGCCGUCCAGUGGCCCGGGACGUGGUGCUUCAUCGGCACCGGCGAGCGCGGCGCCAACGGGACCGGCCCGGCUCCCGGCCGCGGCGACCUCUUCUUCGCCUCCGCUUUCGCCUUCCUGGGGCUCGCGGCGCUGGCGGUCACCUUCGUCUGCAACCUGGCCACCAUCAAGGCGCUGGUGUCCCGCUGCCGGGCCAAGGCCACGGCCUCCCGGGGCGGCGCCCAGUGGGGCAGGAUCACCACCGAGACGGUCAUCCAGCUCAUGGGAAUCACGUGCGUCCUCUCCGCCUGCUGGUCCCCCUUGUUGAUCAUGAUGUUGAAAAUGAUCUUCAACCAGACCUCUGUGGAACACUGCAAGAUGCCGAAACCCGAAACGAAAAGGCCGAAGGAAUGCGACUUCUUCCUGACCGCUGUGCGCCUGGCUUCCCUGAACCAGAUCUUGGACCCCUGGGUCUAUCUGCUGUUGAGAAAAAUCCUCCUGCGGAAGUUCUGUCAGGGAGAAGAGACCAGGUUGAGACAAGGCAUCCAUUGGGAAGUGGAGAAAUACACAUUGAAGACAAAUAUAGAUGAACAUGGACCCAGACAGAUACAGAAGGAGGAGGAGAGAUACCUGGAGGGGGAAUCAGCUUCAAAGGAUUUCCUUUGUGCUAGAGAGACGUGCAGGCUAUGGAUUCCGCAAAGGCACCUGUCCUCAGAGGUCAGCAAAGAGCUACACUAAAGGGAAACUUCAUGAAGACUCUAUAAGAGAGAAAAAGACUUCAAGUAACCGGGAGCUGGGAGGUACCCCUUUGUCACAUAUAUUCUCUACCUCAAUACCUUUGUACUUGGAGCCCACUCUCCCCAAGGACAUGGUAUGUAGAAGGGGACAAAGACAAAUGUUUUUGUAACUACUCGUUGUACCUUCUCAGUAAAUACAUUUUUAAAAAACUAAUUGUAUCUGAUUGACUGAUUAUCAAAGGAAACACAUUGAUGGGGGCUUGUGAGUAUGGAGACUCAUACAUUCAGGGUAGGGUUAAUCUUAGACUCCUGAGAAUAGUAGUCAGCUGUCCUUUGGGUACCUGGUCCACUGUGGCUAGAAUUUGGGAAAGAAGCUACAGAGUGGGUGCUAAAUAACACAACUAAGAUUUUAAUGCAUUCUUGAACAUCUUUUUUUAAAUUGGAUUUUCUAUUUUGAACUUAAUAAUCCACAAUAAACAAAAAAAUAUUUCAAUAUAUA